AUGGAAACAGAAGUGAUCAUUCUGGAUUCUGAUGACGAGGAUCUUCCCAAUAGCGCACCGCAAGCGAAUGGUUCUGCUCUUGCCUCUAUCGCUAUAGUGAAUUCGAAGCCACUUGACUUGGGUGCAUUAGGAAUCGGCUCCUUAAAUGUCGAGGACGGUGUCCUGAGUAACAAUCAAAGCCAACGAUAUUAUGCUACACGUCCUGCAGAGACCAGAUCUCAAGACGUGAUGUCGCUUAUAAUCAAGCCGAACAUCUCUACACCUAAUGCACAGACGGGUACUGUCCCACAGGAUAGUCAGCGUCCAAAUGUGAGAUCGUCCUCGGAAAGAGUUCGCUCAGAACCCCAAUUUCGAGAAGAGUAUGGCAUCGAUGCGGCAUCGCUCCUUGGUAGCACUCCUAUCACUCACCGUUCGGAACAUUCACGUCUUUUCCCUGGUCAAAUGCAACUUCAGCAACUACCGGAGUCGCGUGUUCACAACUACAACUUUGAAGUUAGCGGCGAGAAAUCCAGCGAAUCAGAUCGUCAGCUAUGUCCAUCGCUCAAAUUCAAAUUAAGUGUUGCCUUCUCUUUUUUAUAGUUCACUACACACGAUGCCAUUCUCGGCAGCCGCAAGCCGUCAACCGUUCUACCUGUGCUAUUUGUGAAAGAGAUAUUGGAACGGCAAAUGCAUUACGCACCCAUCUCCUGUCUCACGAAUCCAAUGAUGCACCUUACCAUUGUAAACGUUGUCGUUAUCGAUGUACGCACUCUUAUGUGCCCAUUUUGUACGUUCACCAUUGUUGUGCCUUCAUACCAGAGAAAACGGCCUGUUAUUCGGGUGACGGAGUUCGUCCAUCACAUGACAACUCACGAAUCCGGUACUACACUUCUAUCAUUUGUUGAUGUAAUCGAUACAGAUGACGAAUUGGCGGAACCAAAUGAAGCUGAUGAGGCUGAAGAUAGAGUAGAGGCCCAACUUUUCUCAGUUCUUCCACGGAAAGUUGUCGAACGGAAGCGUAAACCUGUUGAGCCGCCUCUUUCGUUAUUUGAACAGCAAGUCAUCGGUAUAAGCAAACCAGAAGAUAUAAACAUUGCGAUGAUUUUCUUCAGGAAGGCUGCUGUCAACGCCCCUCUCUCGAGUAUUAAGAAAUUCCGAGAGUUGCGGGCCUCCUAUGAUUUUUGCUAG